AUGAUGCUUUCCACCACCAUCAGCUUGCUCUCGAUUGGAGCAAUAUCGGCCGUCGCAAACGCUCUCCCUGCCACACCAAAAGGCAUCGCAGCUCGUGCAGGCGGCCCUGCUAUCGUUCCGAUCCCGCCAACCUGCAGCGUCUCCGAUCCUCUGCCAAGCUCAGAGUCCACGUCCUACCAGCCCGCGCCCUCGACCAACGACGCUCUACUAUACAACGCAUACUACGGCUCGUUCUCGGCAAAUAAAACAGCCAUGGCACAGCAGUGUCUCGAGCAAUGCUAUGGUUAUGGCUACCAUGUCGAAUGCAAGACCGCAUUUUGGGCAGAGAAUCUCGUUAUGCCCGCUGGAUAUUAUGGCACACCGGGCGGACAGCUCUCCACUGGGUGUUUAUUCUUCGACAGGGCGCUGACAAAAGAGGACUUUGUGCCUGCACCCGAGGGUCAGGCUACGGAUGCGUUUGCGGGCAACAUUGUAUGCUAG